GCAGCAGUGUGUGUUCAGCAGCAUCAUCCCGCGGACCAACACCGCUGUACUUAUCAGUCGAGUUUUACUUUUCCCCCCACAAAUAACCAAACUCCUAACACCUCCGAAAUUUAAACCUGUUAUCGGCUCGAUAGAGGAGCAGCUUCAGUCGUUUGAAUCGCUUCUUUUUCAGUCCUCACAGGUUUUUUCUUUAAAAAAAAAAACCCGCUCCAGACAGCAGACCGGACUUCUCCCGUAGACUGCUCUCUCACGCAAGGUAAGACUAAAAGGAGCUCUGUUUCAUAUGUUUGGAAGAUUCGUUUUGUGCAUGGAAAAACUGUCUUUUUGCACAUCGACCUGCAUGAUGCAACCUGGUGCGUCAUGUGUUUGAUUGAUGGAUUUAUUGGCGUCCAUAUUAACGAGGGGCAGAUGACAAAAAAACUACACAUAUCAUUUUUAUUCAUGCAUCUAUUCCUGUUUGAUAUAGGCAACUAUUUGCACGUUUUGCACGUAGACAUGCGACUCGUCAUUGUUGCAUUAUCUGUUUGUAUCCCACACGAACUCACAUGCACAAUCAAACAUUAGGCUUUUUAUUCAACAACUAAAGUGAAGAGACACAGAUGAAUGAGCCCGUGUCUGUGCAGGGCUGUGUGAUUUUAUUAUCGAUUUCAAUUGUGACUUUGCUUUGCGUGGGAUGUCUGGGUUUUGCACGAUAUGUGUUUCUAGUGUAGUUUGGUGUAGGUGUUGAUGUUGCAAGGGUGUGUGUGUCUGUGUGUGUGUGUGUGCAGCAGGGUGAUGGGGGUGUGGUGUCUCCUUAACCCACAUCAUCCUCACCAUGAGACUACUCUCUGCAAAUCUAUAAAGGCAAUAACACACCCCUUGCAUCCUCACCACUAAGCUUGUUAUACCAACACCUUUCCUGCACACUCACUCACUCCCUCACUCCCUCACUCACUCACUCACCCCCACUAAAUUUGCCAUAAUCAAACCUUUGACCACUGUAUCUAUGUAGUGCUGCCGGGGCUCUGCCUGCCUCUCAAGGUCAUCCCCUGUUGGCAAAUGAUGGUGUAGGGAGAGUGUUAUGUAAGAGUGCACCGCCUGGCUCAGGGGCAGGUCUGCUGGUUGUCACAAGUCCGUAAAAUCACUCAUUUGACGGUAUAUGUGUCUGGCAUUUCGCACCUGUGUGCUGGUGUGUGUAACUAGAGCUGGGAUGUUUUGUCGUUUUGGCUCUGUCGAGGCCCCGAGUGGACCUGAAGACAAAGGGCUAUGACUCAGGUUUGGAGUCAGCACGGUGCUCUGCUCUGCUCUGCAUUACACUGCAGACUGACCCAGAGGGUCUUGCCCUGUUCUGCUCCUCUCGUUCCCUAAUUUAAAAAAAAAAAAAGUGACAUUUGGAUGAUGCACCCUGCUGUACGUUUCCUUCCUGGCAUAAAAUCUUAUCAUGCUUUAAUUUCAGAGCAAACAGGGGUCAUGGUGUGUUCACUCUUACGUGCUCAUAAGUGUGUCACAUCACUGCAUCAGUCUCAGAUCACACCCUGAUCACUUUUGCUUUAUUUUACCUGAAUUUACCCUUUUGACUGCCUGCCACACUUACGUCAUGUCUUUGUGCAUCUCGUCCUCCUGAUGCACGGUCCCUCCUGUUGCAGAGGCAGUAAAAACAAAACUGAAUGUGCUAAAGGAUGUAAAAGGAAUUUAAUUCUGUCAUUAUGAAUAGAUAGAUGUGUGCAAAGAUUUUAUACUAUUAUAAAAGAUGUAAAGAUGGUUUUAAAUCUUAAGUUUAACUGAUUGCAGUCCAAGGUUGAUGGUGAACUGGAUGAAUGAAACUGACUCGUUCAAAAUGGCUCCAGGUGAAGAUCUUUGAGAAGUUUAUUCAAAAAAAGGUUGGAGGAUAAUGUCGACAUAGCUCGAACACACCAUGGUGUGACUGGCGUCACUUGAAAGGUUGUGCAGUUGCAGGUUUUAUAUAAAGUAAGCUGCGAGGGCGGUAUUAAGAAAGGUGUGACUUAUUCGAUUUAAGUGUUGUUUUUGCACUCGAGAUGAACUCUUUCACGAGGAGUUCAAAGUCAUUAUUACUCCUUUUUUAUGUUACGUACUUCUUGCAGAAUGCUUUCCAAUGCCAGAUGGAGAAGAUGCUCUUGAUGCACAGAUGCAGCUUCUGUGGCUUGUUGCAUGAAUAAAGAAAGACUUAGUAAUGUGCAACACUUGCAUUUUGAUGAAGUGUGCAUAAAAGUGCAUGGGCAUUUAGCACCACAUAGGCUCUGUCUUUAAAAUGUAUGAAUUCCUCAGAGGUUUCUAUGUUGUGUUCACUUCUGCAUCUUCUUUAUGCAGACAGUAUGUUCAUAAUGUGGUGGAGAUGCAGCUAAAUUCUUAAUGAUUUCUGAUUCAGACAGUUAAAGUGCAUAAUCUUACACAUUUGACUUUUUAUUUCCAUGAUAUAUGUUCGUAAAGAUUUCUCAUGCUCACACACACAAACAUGCACUCUUGCCAAAACACACACAUAUUCACAGAGAUAUAAUGCCAAGGCUGUCAUGCGCCUCAUGCUCACAUCUCUCCCUCGGGACACAUCAAUCUCUCGCUGCAGAUCUGGACUCCAGCCGCAGCCCGUCGUGUCUGACAGCACCAGUGCAACAGAGAAACGCUGCUGAAGUCACUGUCUCUUCAGCUACACUGCAGCACUGAAGGCUUUUUAAGAGGAAUAGACCGGUGUUAAGCAGAUUUCCUCAUGAAGUAAAGCAAACUUGUUGUUCAUUAGCGUCCUCUCUAACUGAAUCAGAACCAGCUAAAAUCUCUUCUUCUAUUUCAGUUCAACAAACAGUUUCAAUUAGUCCAAGUUUCCCUGAAACAGCUGGUGGAGUGCUAUUUGACUCUAAAUAUUUAUGAUCCCUUUUAAACAGAAACUCUGCGUGUUUUGACACGGAUUUACAACAGCCGGUAGCACAGAAUAUUAAAACAUUUCGACCCAGACAUGGUGAUAAUAACUCAGAACUUCAGAGUAGCUGGUACCAGGCUCUGUGUCCUGACGGGGUGGGGCAUAAAACCAGGAAGUGUUUCAUUGAGUAGCAAGAGGUUGCUAAAUGCAAAGUUAAUAUAAAAGUCUUUUAGCUAAUUGGAUCGUUAACCGCAGAGUGAAAUUCUAUUAUCAUGAUUAGAGUUGUUUCUGUAUAAGAAGAGCUUGGCAAACUUGCUCUACAGUUAUUAGGUUUUUAUAAUCACUAUAAGCUGCUGUAUUCUUUGCAGCCAAAUCCGACUAUAUAGUACUAACUGUUAAACUGUGUCCUCGUUUUACAGAUAAACCAGGUACAGUGAGCAUUACACCAACACCUGUUAGACAGCGCUAACAUGUUGAUUAUAAUAUCAGAAUUUUGUUGACAGAGACAGCUGGAGCACAGACUCCUAUAAUGGUCUGUAAUGGUGCAACUAUUCACACAGCAGGCACUAAUGUUGGCCUCAUUUCAGCCUGACAUCGCUGGACCACUUCACCUCAGUGUACGGGUCAGAAAUCGUUCAAUUUAUUCACAUUUUCCAGGAGGUGUUAGUGAAGGGUUGCAUACAAUGUCUCUCCAAAAGUAGACCUACAACCAGUUGGGAAAGCUCAGCAUGUGACGCAGGGAAUAGCAGCAAAGAUAUGAACAGACAGAAGUAUGCAGAGGUAAGAUGCACGCCUUUCUUACCAAUGAGGGCUGUAUGUGCAGUUUUGUUUUGAUACAAUGAUAUCUUCCAGUUAGGGCUGGGCGAUAAAACGAUAACGAUAUAUAUCGAAAAUUAAUUUCCCUCGAUAUCAAUAUAAAACAUGGUAAAUAUCCUUUUCGAUAGUCGGCAUUCUGCCAUGUUUUGGUAGACUAUACCAAUAGCCAAUAAAAAGGGGAGUUGCUCUGGGUUCGCUUUGCGCUAAACUAAUUGUGCUGAAUUAGAACCAAGUGGCAAACAAUUGCGUAGUAACAGGCUGCAGCUACCGGAUUAUAAAGCACAUUAAACCGAACAAAACAGUCAGAUAAGUCAAACUUUAUUUAACUCAUUCAAUAACUCCACGAGCCUACAGUAGCUGCAGUGCUCCGACAAGCCAAAAGAAUUUUAAGUGCGCCUUAUAGUGCGAAAAAUACGGUAUGUCGAGUACAUGUUCUCACAAAGUCGAGGAAUACCUAAAAUCUUUUUCACCACCUGAAGCAGCGCCACACGGCAGAGCAUGCGCAAUGCAGAAGUUUACAAAGCCUGAGCAGAGCAAGGAGCCCAUGGCGCCUGUGCUGCCGAAACAGCCGACCAUUCAGUCUGCUUUCUAGCCCAACAUCUUACAACAAAACGUUGAAGAGACACAAAGACCUCACAGAUGCAGAAGGUUAUUGUAUUGCCAGAGACAUGCUACCAAUAAGCACUGUGAAAAUUUUAGUUUUUUUUAUCGUGAUGUACAUCGAUAUUGACUGAUAUGAAAAAAGUAUAUUCUGAUAAACUUUUCCCAUAUCGCCCAUCCCUACUUCCAGUUUGAUUAAAGCGACCUUCCAGAGGUUAGGACUGUGAUUGGGUUGGUAUCUCCUUAAAACAGUCAUUAAGAACCAUCCUGACAUAUUGCAUUGGUGCAGCUCUGGCAUUAGCAAACUCAACUUAGCUUGUUCUUGUCUUUACAUGCAUAUUGCAGCUCUAGUUGCCCAUUUCAGACCAGAAUCCUCUUUGCAACAGGUUGUAAACGCGGUCAUCUGUGCUGUAGAGUUCAGUAUUUUUCCACUUCACUUUUGGCUCUCGUGCAUCAGCUACAUGUGUCAGCCCUGCUGGUUGUCUGCUGAUUUUGACCUGUAAUGGAGUCUGAAAGUCAGAGUCUCAUAAGUCCUCCAAAUUUAAAAAAAAACCUACAAUACCUGUUUUGUAAAUCCAGGUUGAACAUCUGUACCCUGACCUCUGCUAAAAAACACUAAAACCAAAAAUAAAACUGUCAUCCUUGAAUUCUGACAAAAGAAAAAUCUCAAAUCCAAAGCAAAGAGAAAAUGAGCGUCCCCUCAGUGAAUGUCCUGGCAUCAUUUUCAAAUACCAAAGAGACGAUUUUGAUUGCUGGAUGAGUCAGAUGUUUUUGUACCUGAUGUGAAAAAAAGGACACUUUAUGGGUCAAGAGUUUUUUCUGCUGUGCUGACCCGCUGCUGUUUCAUGAUUAUAGUCACUAUUGAAAAUGUUUUUUUAUCGCAUCCUUACUUUUGAACCGCAGAUGAGGGAUCACAGGUCAGGUAUGAAUGAGGAAACUGUACAAUUUCCUCUCUUUUCAUGAACAACCGAACGCACUUAAAAUGCCUGACAGAUCACAUUAGCAGCGGGCGGCUUUUCUUCGCUCUUGAAAAGCCUCUAUUUGAGAAACACUGGAUUUUAUCUGAACUCUUUUGUGCGCUCGUACUGCCUGGCCUGCGUCACAACGACCAAAUUAAACUUUAGCUUAGGGGCGAAACCUUUCAUGGAAAAAAAUGGAGGGGAAAAGUUAGAGCAGGGUGGGUUAUAGUGCUUCGAGUUGAAGUGUCUCACAUCAGUACCUCAUGGCUUUUUUUAGCUUUAUAUCAGCUUUAUAUCAGCUGUGAUGUUGCUAAUUUCCUUUAUUUGGGAGUUAAAAAGCAAAAUAACUGAUGCAGCCUUUUGAAAACAGAUGAUAAGAAGCUUUUUGUUCCUAAUGAGUUAUAUAAAAGCGCCUCAUACAGUAUCUGUUGUGUCCCCUUGUAUCUCCGGCCUCUUCAAGGACAGUACAGCCUUUGUGACACCUAACCCUGAGUGAUUUAAUUUGUAAUGCAUACGUCCUUUCAUUCGUUUACAGGCGCUUUCUAAGCCUGUUUAGUCAUAACGUGAUUUUGCACAUCUUGAAUCCCGAGCUCCUUUAUGAACUUUGGUGGCGCUGGAGCAAAAAUAGGAUUUCGGGGGGCUAAAUAAAUCCAUCUGUCUUGGACCAAUAGUUUCUGAAUUGUGGCGCCGCGGCUGUGUCAGCUGCUGGGGAAGGUUUCUGAGAGGUUUGCUAGGAUGAGGAAUUGUUUAUUUUCAGUUUUUCUCGUCUCAAUCCUCAAUACUUUUCUGAUUGAUGUGUCACUUUCUCCACCAGACAGUCAAAUUAGACAGAGCACCACAUCGACACACACUCACACACACAGACAAAUGCUCAGGCCUUCCUCUGUGAUAUCUCUCUAUCAUAACAACAUGACUUUAAAGAAACAGUGGUGCAUUUAUGGAAAUAUGCUCAUUUGAUUUGUAGAGUUUGCUACCACUCAAAAGUGACCAACUUAACCAGAGGUAGCAUCUCACUGACAUCCAUCUGUUUGAGUUAACCAGACACAGCUAACACAACAUUUUUCUGUGGUUGCUGAUAGUUUUAGCAUUAUGGCUUUCACUAUUAACAGCAGUUACAGCCAUAGCUAGUACACAAUAUAUAACUGGCAUUUAGACAGAGCAAGCCGACAGUGUUUAAUUGUUUAGUCGACUGAAUGAGCACAUCCCAAGUCCAGCCUUGCAGCUAGGGCUGGGCAAUAAACCGAAAAUUUACUGAUACAGAAAUUUACAGCAAUAACCAAUGUCAUUUUGCCCAUAUCGGUAUAUUUGGAGUCAAAAAAAUAAAUAAAAGUUGGUUUUUGAUGUGUGUAGGUAGGCUAUUGUCUCAUGUCCCUUUAAGACGCUGUCCUACGUCAGAGACGUGACUCCACCCCAUCCAGUCCAUAACAAAGAGGGAAAGACAGGUGAGGAGAUGGAGGACGGUUCAAAAGUUGUAGCAGCUGAAGUAGACAAAGUUAAUGUGGGAGGGGGUGAGCAGCUUGUGGAGUAGUUAUCAUCCAUUUAUCUUUAUCGAGGUGAACUGUUCACUAUAUCGUGAUAUUGAUUUGAGGCCAUAUCGCCCAGCCCUACUUGCAGCCCAUCAAAAAAUACAAAUUCUCAUCUUAAAAUUAUUUUAAAAAAUUAUUUAAAUUAUUUAAUUAUUAAAACUUGAUUUUAUCUUAAAAACUGUUUUUAGAGUACAGACACAAAUGCAUUAAAAACCAUUUAAUUUUUUUGUAAAGAUAAAAGCAGAAAUCAUAAAAUUGUUUAAUUGUUUCUUUAAAGCUCAACAGAAGGGCUGAUGUGGGUCUCAGCAAAUACAUACAAACUAGUAAAGAACCAAUGCUUUACAGUCGGUUACACAGUAGGGCUGGGUGAUAUGGCCUCAAAUCAAUAUCACGAUAUGUUGAGCAGUUCACUUCAAUAAUGUUAAAUAGAUGAUAUCUACUCCAUGAGCUACUCACCCCCUCCCACAUUAACUUUGUCUACUUCAGCCGCCACAACUUUUGAACCGUCCUCCAUCUCCUCACCUGUCUUUCCCUCUUUGUUACAGACUGGAUGGGGUGGAGUCACGUCUCAGACAUAGGACAGUGUCUUAAAGGGACAUGAGACCAUAGCCUACCUACACACAUCCAAAACCAACUUUUGUUUAUGUAUUUUUUUUAAACCAAAUAUGCUGAUAUGGGCAAAAUGACGUCGGUUAUUGUCAUAAAUUUCGGUGUCAGUAAAUUUUUAGUUUAUUGCCCAGCCCUAUGAUACAGUAUUGCUGUAUUGAUCCUUUUGGUGUUGGAUUUUUACAUGGUGGUCUAAUCCGGAUUAGCUGGUUCUCAUUUUUCAUUUAAUCUGGAAUCUUCUCUGAGGAGUGGACACAAACAGCUGCAGUUGUGCCGCAACCGUCCUGUGUAAACACAUAACAUUUUCAUAACAAACUCGAAUUUUACCAUCCUUAUUUUGACGGCCAUGGUUCCUGGCUGUAUUGCAGCAGCUCUUCUUUAACUGACAGAAUAAACACACACCUGCAGAGACAAGCUGAAAAUAAUCGUCCACAGUCAACCUUUCUUAUUGCUUUUAUAGAGUGUGUGUUCGGUACAGUCUGACACCUAAAUGAUAAAAACUCUGCAGACUCGAACGCUUUGAAGAAAAGUUUUUCUUCGGCUGUCACUUUUGAGUUAUACGCUGCAGCUCCUUUGACUGCACCACAGUGAGGGUGAUGAAAAAACUCUCAGGUGAGCCUCAGGUGUCUGCGUUGUUGAUUUUCAUCGCUUGCAGAAAUAAAUGAAAACCAGCUGAAACCUUUAAAGGCACAAAAUCAAUCCCGAAAGUCGCGUCGCUCUCUUAGAAAACAGUCACCUGAAAGACGCGUCCUUAUGUGGACUCUUCAGAAACCCAAUGCAGCAUAGCGGGCCUCGGUAUAUGACUGCAGCACCUCUUGGACGGCUGCCGGAGUCUGCUCUCCUCACACUGUGCGCUCAGAGACAGAUUGGCAUCGCACACGCUGUUGCUGCCUCGUAUCUCCCUCGGUCUUUUCAAGUUAAAGAGGACUAAUAAAACAUCUCAGCAGAGAGUAAGAGCAGGAAGCCUCCGAAAAACUCCAACUAUCUUUUUGCAAAUUAUGAUAAUUACAGGUUUCUUAAUGAUCUAAUCAAGGCUGUGAAGUGACUGAUGCAUCAGCACUGUGCAGAUGCAUCAGCUAUCUGCAGAGGCAGCUGGAUGUGAGCAGCUCCAGCGAGGAAAUUAACAAUCAUUAAACAACAACACACACUCGAGCUUUCCUAAAAAGUCACAUAAGGCCAAGUACUUUAAAAAGCAAUUAAAAGCAUUUUCUAAAUCAGGAGAGUUUCACCAAGAGGCGAAGGAAAUCGCUAAAAAAGAAAGAAUUUUAGGGAACUUUUUAGAAGAUUUUGAACAGGAUGUUUAUUCAUUCAGUCUGUGUUGUAGGAUUAAAGGGUGCAAAGUUCCUCUAAAAAUGAACAGACAACAAAUAAACUAAUCUAGGACACACAUCUGCUCAAAGGAAGAUAAAAAGUUGCACGUCUCAUAAACUGACCCAAAUAUUCAAGUCGAGCUAAUCGGACAUGACUCAUUUCAAGCGUGGAAACCUUUUUUCAGGGCCUCACAUGACAUCUCCUGAGUUAUUUUUAGAGGGAGCUUUGUUUUGCAAAUCAAAAUCUCUCUUUUUAAAACUCUCUGACUUUAAUCGGAACAGGUACAUAUUUUAAAAAAGCAUGUUUUUCUGGUUCUAUGUGUAUAUUCAAAGUGUCUUUCUUUUUUUUAAACAGGCAAAAUGGGGAAACAGAACAGCAAGCUGACCCCUGAAGUGAUGGAGGAUCUGGUGAAGAACACAGAGUUUAACGAACACGAGCUCAAGCAGUGGUACAAGGGUUUCCUGAAGGACUGUCCCACCGGCCGCCUCAACCUGGAGGAGUUCCAGCAGCUCUAUGUCAAGGUGAGACUCCACUAACUCACUUUCACUCCAACACACAUAUGAACUCAGACAGCCGCUGUUACUGCCCGUGUGCACCUAAACCUGUACUCCACUGUUGACUUACACUAAAGGCUUUAAUUUUACUGCUACAAAAAUCCAAUCUCAUUUAAAAUCAUCAGCAAAUGGAUGCUGGCAAUCAUUAAAUUUGUGCUUGUGUGUGCAGAUUUCAUCAUUCUGGUUCUGACUGCACAUCCAUCAGCGCAGUGAGCACUCGGCAUCUGCAGCAUUCACUUCAAAGUUGAUCUCACUGCAGUAGAAAUGAGCUUUUCAGGCAGUUAGACUAAUUGAUAAAACACAUAACUGCAUCUGAAUCCAAGAAUUGUGGCACAUUAUAAGAUUGUUGCAUGAACUUUGACAUCAUUUUAUGAUAUGAUUGCAGUCCAUAGUUAUCUGUCAACCAUUAAACUAUCAGAAAAAAUUAAAGUAGUCGUUUGAGAUUGAAAUAAGUUAAUCUGAAUCCAAGAAUUAUGGCAAAUAUAUAUAUUUUAAAAUUGUUGCAUGAACUCUUUGAUUGUUUUUUUUAGCAAUUGACAGCAGCAGACUUUAUUUGGUAUCAUUCAAAGAAACAAAGAAAGGUAGAGAUGAGUCGCACAUAAUGCAGUAACCCCUUAAAAAUGCAGUUUGUAGACAAUGACAUGACAAACUUUUGACAUUGUUUUAUGAUAUGACUAUGGUCUACAGUUCUCUGUCAACCAUUAUACUAUCAGAAAACUCAAAGUAGUUGUGUGAGAUUGAAAUAAGUUUAUAUGAAUCCAGAUAAGCAUCUAAAACAGGUCUGAAUAUACGAUAAAAAGUCGUGUCUUUUGUAAUAACAGUGUUACAUAACUGGUAAUCAUAUAAGGUAUGAUUGAAAGAGCAUAUAUUUAUCAUUUUUCAUGUUUUAUAUGCUCGCUAUUCUUUAUGUUUCCCACAAAAUAUGCAAGUUUCUUGAGUCCAGAAUCAACCGAAAAAGGUAUUUAGUAGAUUUACCAUCACUUAAUCUGAGUCAGAAAUGUGAAAAGAUGGCAAGGCUCAAAUUCAACAUGUCAACUGUAAUCAUGUGAUAAAUUCAUCCUGAUGAAUUCAGACUUUUGCUGGGUAUCUGCACUUUUAAGAUCAAAACAAAGUAAUGCUCAUGAGUGUUUGUCAGACUGAACUAGAACUUAACAAGUGAGCUGCACAUAAUAAGACAUAACUAUGCGAUCUCUUCUGUCUAUAAAUGUUUUAUUCUCGUAGGUUUGAAUUUGGGUUUAUGUCAACUUUUAUGUUUAUAGAGAGGAAACAUCUUACUUGCUCAUAUCUGUGUACAAUCUUACUAGAUAAUCCUACAACUCAAAGUUAAUCUGACAUUUAAACAUAAGAAAAAUAGCAGUAGAAACCUUCAUAUUCAGUUGUAAUGGCAGUGUUUUAUUGUACUGCAGAGUGAUCACUGUCGACUAUAAGCCGUUUGUUCAUGAUUAAAAAAAAAAACACCAAAAGGCUUCCUCUGUGGGUUUCCCCUCAGCUGAUAGAAACAGGGACAGUUUGGGUGACAUGAACACAUUCAGAGCAGCCACUGAGGGAGAUUUUGCUCCUGUUAUAAACCCUGCUUGAUUUCAGCAGGCAUCCUGCCAUGCUGCCUCCUCUCCUGUAUCUGGGCAGAAAACCAACGGAGAGGCAGAUAUCAGAGGCGCUCAGAUGAUUAUCUUCUUUUGCUAAUAUGUAGCCUAGCAUAUCUUAUUACCUCUGACAGAGCCGUGUGAAUUUAAUCCAUGAUUUAUUCAUGGAGUUUUAUUAAACAGGAAGGAGCACUUUGGUAGAGGCAGUAAUGAUCUUAUAAUGAAAGUGGAAUUGGGAUUAGUUAGCAGUUUUAGGUGGAGACUUCGACAGCAAAUAUCAUGCCGAGGUGAUCUUAACCUCCUCUGUGACCUCCUGAACCCUUUUAUUAAUGUCUAUACAAAAAACGGUUCUAUCCAUGUGAUCGGUGCUGCACACUGCAAUUAUCAGUGCUUAAAUACACACUAAAAGUACUGCAAAUAGUAUUUUAAAAUAUAAAAGAGUGCAGACAAACAUAUGCAGAUGAGGAGCCUGAGAGGAGGAGAAUGAAGGGGGUCUGUGUGUUAGUAAAGCAGAGGGACAGAGGGAGCACGGUGACUGGAUUAUGGACCAGCCAAUUCCUGUAUGUUAGGUUUAAUCCAUUAAUGCAUCAUAUUCAAGUUCGGAUAAUGAGGGAUAGCUUCAAUACUUUACGAUAGAGUUGUUCCGAUUCCGAAACCAGUAUCGGGAAUUGCUCCGAUAUUGACUAUUCCGCUCUCACUAUAUGUUGGCUCCAUGGAGCUUGACAGAUACUUAACAAUAAAUAAUGAAGAGAACUCCGAAGUCUUGUUAAGGGAUGUUUGUUCUUUUCAAGAUUUCUUCCUGUUAGUCUUUUUAUAAGAAUGAAAUGAUCAACAAAAUUAUACCUUACAAAAUGUAACGUCUGCUUUUCCGUGACUACAACAAGUAUAAAGUAACGCACAUUCAUAUAAAUCAACAGAUGUAAAUAAAUCUGUCUGAGGUGAAGCGCCACAGCCCUCUGCUGGGCAAAUUAAAUAUUACGUCGGCAGAACGAAACGUAAUUACCGUGAGUUUAACUCAUAAAAAUAGAUAAUCAGAAACGUCAUAACCUGUAUAACAUAAAGUAAACAGAUACGCUGCAAAAUGACAAUAAUGUUGACGUGUUAUAACUUAUAAAUAUUUUACCCGGCGCUGUAUAUACGGGUUUCUUGUGGACAAACAAUAUUACGUAUCCAUGAAUUUCACUCAAUUUACCAGGUUGUGACGUUGUUUUUGAUGUUUCUAAUAUCAGGAGCAGGGUCGUAAUGUUUGCCGAUUGUUUGUUUUGCCAAUUCUUGCAGUUUACAGCGCAACAGCUCCUUGUCAUUUUCUUUCCCUGUUGACUGCGCUAGUAAACAAAUAAGAAAUGUCCCGCUUUCUGCCCCGAGGCUGCUCGCAUACCUGCGAUGACGUUGCACAGAAAUCCGUUUAUCGAAGCAGACUUGCGUUGCGUGUGAUUUCCGUGUUUUAACUGCUAGAGUCGGUCCGUCCCUCAAAACAGUCCGUUAAGGAACUAACUCAAAAACGCAGAAAGGUGGAACACUGACGAAAAUGCUGGCAUUGUUAAGAGUGAGUCCAGGCACUGAUCGGAUACCACGUGAUCUAUGAAAUUAGUCAUUUAUUUACUGGUUAGCUCCGGGUUUAACCUGAGCCAGACCAUAAUCAUAACACAGUCAUGCAGGCCUGGUAUGAUAUAUCUUUUUAAAACGUACUGGUAUCGGAUCGGAAUCAGUAUCGGGAGGGAAAAAUUGGUAUCCGAACAGCUCUACUUUUUCUAUCCCAGUCAAUAAGUGAGAUUCAGGAUGUUUAAUUUUGAACUAAAUUUACACAAAAAGGUCCCCAGGAUCAAUAAUUAAUCAGGAUGUAUUCUGAUCCCAAAAUAAUCAUGACUGUAGUUUCAGACAGAGUGCUUUCAGUCCGUUUAAUAUGACUCAUGAUUUAUGAUGGAACAAGAUGUCCCUAUUUUUCCACAGCACCAGGCUAAUCUCGGCGUCUUGUGUCCUCUUGUGCCGUUUCCUUCAACACCUCGGGAGUUCUCAUAGGAGUAAGAGCUCUGACUAGUGCAAGAAUAGGCAUCAUCUUUUAUCACUGGUGCCAGGAAAUGCCUCAUAACCAGGGGCUGCGCUUACAUAAGACGUGCCUGGGCUCUAAGGUCAUGGGUGCACUUCCUCUAAAUGCCAUCGGAGCUCAGGCAUCAGCUGAGACCAGAGGAGAAAAGUGUCUCGGGAAACGUCAGGAAUAAGUGAAGGUACGACUCCCAAGGUUUGAAGAUAAAUCAAAAAGAAAGGGCACCUGUCAACGCCGGGAAUGACAUUUUCAAUUUGGACCAAUUUGUUCCAUUAAAACCUGCUGAAAAUCAUUCCAAAUUCAAUCGCAAAGAUAACCUGGCCUCAUGGGAAAUAAGAGAAAGUUGGCAGCUCUAGUAGAGGGAUACAAACACAGAGAGAUAUCCCCAGAAAUCUCUUUACAGCUCGUCACCAGUGGCAGGAAAAUCUGCAGCCGCACAAAGGGGGCAACACAGCUCAGAUCUAAAGGGGUCUUGUCGGCUUCUGGGUAAAUCCUAUUAUUGAUGCAUCCUAUUGUGUUUCUAGGCAACAGUGUAUCAGUGAUAGGGCUUUAUUUAAAUCCAGAGAGCUGAUAAGUGGAAAAACGGUCUGCUGCGACCUCACAUUAACAGGACAGAUUGUUCCUGUGAAGGGUAUCCUUGUACGUGUGCGCGUCUGUAAAUGUGUGUUUGUGCUGCGGCGGCGGCGGAGGGGGGGUCAUAUGUUUAGUGGGAGGGAGAGGGAGACGGAACAGUUUGUUGCGUCGGUUGAAAGCGAGAAACAGAGAUGGGCAGGGUUGAGAAGAGUAAGCAAGUGGAAGAAAGUGCGCAUACAUUAUUUAUUAGUCAUUAGCUGCAACGGAGAGUCAUGAAACAGGGACGUAAGACAUGACAGGAAGACGUGUGUGAGUGUGUGACCUUGGUGUGCAUGCAUACAUCUUAGAUUUUCUGCACCCGGUCUCUUUAGAUCGCCGGUUUUUGCAGAAACCUGCACCGGGAGCUGGUCUCUAACACCCCCUGCCACGCUACUAAACGCAGUGUUACCUUCGCCUGGCUGCCCGCCUGGACUUCAUGUACUUUUUUGGUUUCGAAGAAGACGUGCUGUUCUCUUAAAUCCCUUCUCUCACAUUUAACUCCAUCUGCCUUUGUGCAGGUAAUCAUCUUUUCUUUUUGGCUGCGAAAAAUAAAAGAGAGGAAGGAAAGGAAGAGAUGAGAGAGUGAAGGAGGAGAGAAAGCAGGUGAAGCAUGUCGGCUGGAAGUAAUAGGUGUGCAUAUCUUAGGGCGGUCUGUAAUAUUCGCAGUUAAUGCAGUGAUGCAGGAGUUUUCCCUGUAUAUUAUUAGCAGCUUAAUACCUCAUGAAGUUUCUUUGAUUUGGACUGGGGUAUCAUGAAUUUCUUGGUUAAUAACUGAUUAAAAAGUAAUGAUUUUCAAUAUUCCACGACAGUCCGAUUGCUUUCAGAGUUUCAAAAGUAUUUCUGGUCAUUUUUCUGCAUAAUAGAGACAGAAAUAAGAUUUUAGGAUAAGAGGUUGAAAUGGUUUCCAGAGGAUAAUAGUACAAUUUCAGCGCCCAUUAGUAAUGUCAGUUUUAAUAUCAUCGCUUAUUUAAAUGCGUGUCUUUCAGUGAAGUAGUCUCCCUCUGUGAUGGAGAGGGAGACUAAAUGGAGGGAAAGAGAAACUCAAGGCUCGAAACUGGACUUUAAAAUCAUGUUAUCAAACUUCUCACGGUCAGACUAACCCGGGAUUUCCACCGCAUCCGGAACGUCUCAGAUCCGGAACAGCGGCGACUUUUGCCAUACGCCAACUCCUACCGGAUCUCUGGCAGAUUACAGACAGUAGGAAUCACGACAACUCACAAAAACCCACAAAUUCAUGUGCAAUCAUACGAUAACAAGUUGUCUUUAGCCACAUAGGAAAUACGAUCCGCCUCAAAAAGGUGGUGUUUUAUUUUGAAAAGAAGCCGGAUGUUUUAUUUUGUGUCUGUGCCCAACUUCCUUUCCAGCACGGGUUAAUAUGUGCUGAAUUUAUGCGGCAUGCUCUGGCAUCCGGAAAAAAUAUAACUCUUGCAAUCGGCUGUGGAGUCCGGCGAUCCACAGCAGAACGGGAAGAAGCCGGUGGAAAUUCACACAUUAACUUGAAUGGUUACGGUCAGCUCCGAUCGGAGGAUACGGCCUUUUCGUAGCCGUUCCGGAUGCAGUGGAAAUUGGGGCUAACAUACCUGGAUGAUGUAAUUGAGACCGAUCUUCACCCUAAACGUUCUGCACAUGCUCCAGUGUUUAUACCCCAAAAUGAUCCUUAUUAUUUUAAGGUUUAGAGUAGGGCUGGGCGAUAUGGACUCAAAUCAAUAUCACGAUAUAUUGAUCAAUUCACCUCCAUAUGAUAAAUGGACGAUAACUACUUUACAAGCUGCUCACCCCCUCCCACAUUAACUUUGUCUACUUCAGCCGCUACAACUUUGUAACCGUCCUCCUCACCUGUCUUUCCCUCUUUGUAAAACCAACUUUUAUUUAUUUAUCUUUUGACACCGAAUAUACUGAUAUGGGCAAAAUGACGUCGGUUAUUGUCAUAAAUUUCGGUGUCAUUAAUUUUUAGUUUAUCGCCCAGCCCUAGGUAAGAGAAUCUCAUAUAUAACAUCCCUCUGCUAUCAAGUCAUGAGAGGAGUAGACGUGUUUUUGAACAGGAAGCAUUUAGGAGGUGGGUAAAUGGAGGAAAGUGAGCGCUGGUGGGUUGAAAAAUCAGAAAUUAAUGGAGUGGAGUGGGAUGACUCUCGAUUUCCACCUGCAGUUUCGGUGUGAGGAUGCAUUGUCUGUCUUUUUAUGUCCCAGGUGACUCUCACGUGUCCAUAAAUCCAGGUUAGACUGCACCGGGUCAUUACUCAGACCUCCUGCAGGUUUUGAGUUUCUCAGUAGAGUUCCUCUUUCGGUGGCAUUUCCGACGCCAGACAGCGAAGUAAAAAUGGACGAGAGGCCUCGGCGACAAUUCACACUCCAGUGCUUGCGUGCCACACUGUGUGAAAUUUCUCAUCCUUGACAUGCCGGCCGCUCUGGGAGCCAUUUGUAACAGGAUAACGACGCUCCCUGAGAUGUUAAGGUGAUAGAUUUUGUCAGAAGAAGUUUUUUGCUGUGCGGAGACAGCAUCGAACACACACGUACGUUUAACAGCGAUCCGUGCACGCUCUCCAAUCUUUGUUUAAAGUGGUACAAGAUUGUUAUAAUUAAAACAUCAGCUGCUGGCAUCCUGUGAGCCCUGUUUGUUACAAAGCUGUCUUUGUAAGUGUGUUUGCUGACAGUGACAUGAAAAUGAGCAUCAAUAUUGCUGGUGUCCUGCCAGUCUGUGUUCUGUUUUCCUGAUUGUUGAUGAGCUUGCAUUUUGACGUCAGUAUAAUGGACUUGAUAAUGGUCGCUGCCACACACACACGCAGCAACUUUCCGUCCCUGUGUCUUCCUCUCGUGUUUCUUUGUUGAUGUUUCUGUGAGGAAAGCAUGGACUGGAUUACAGAGACCAACAAACAAGAGGCCUGUUUGGUAGGUAAGCUUUUUCUGCUGCAUCUCUCAAAGUCUGCAGAUGACUCCCAGGAACACAUGUUGUCCCGAAACCCUGAAAAUCAGCCGAGACUAGAUCCCACAUGCACACAUUUUCAAUCCAAUCCAACAAGAUUUAUGAGCGUAAAUGUAACAGUGACAGUGUUUAUGUGUUAAAAUCAACAUGUUUUUUUCAUACUGCUGUGAUUAUUACUCGUUCACCUAUCACCAAUUACAGCAUAUAGACUUUAGCUUUUAAAAUGUAUGUUUUGUUUGAUUAAAUUUAUAUAACCCUUAAUUUCCACCACAUCCAGAAGAGCUAUGACAAAGGCUGUAUCCGCCGAUCGUAGCUGACGCCGGAGCAUGCCGGAUAAAUUCAGCACAGAUUAACCCGUGCUGGAAAGGAAGUCGGCCACAGACACAAAAUAAAACAUCCGACUUCUUUUCAAAAUAAAACACUCCAUGUUUCAGGCAGAUAAUAUUUCACACCAUGCAAACGGGCGGUGACCAACAAGUGAAAGGUUUAUAGAAGUCAUUUCAUCCCGAUGGCACCAUAGAUGAGAUGAUGCUGAUUCUAGAAGUCCAAAGACAACUCGUUAUCACGCGAUUGCACGUGAAUUCGCGGGUUCUCGCGAUACCUGCUGUCCGUAACCCGCCACGAAAUUCGCCUCACAAACGGAUCCGGUAGGAACUAACUAACAUCAGUUAUUGCUUGGAAGCUAAAUUUAAAGACCACUGAAAAACUUUGAUUAGCUGCUUUAUAACAUGAAUCAGUUUAAGGAUUAAUAAAUCCUUUAUUAAGCACUUAGAUAUUGGAAAAGAAAUAGCCUUUCUUAUCCAAUUCCUAUAAUGACAAGUUUAUUUAUCCUUAUGAAUCUUUAUAAAGUCUGAUUUAUAACAGAUAUAUAAACUGUUGACAAAUUAUUAGUGUCAUAUACAUAACAAUAAAUAUAUUAAAAGCUUUUAUAAACACUUAUUAAUGUUUUUAAAUGCCCUAAAAGUGGCUUAUUAAAGCUCCUGUGAGGAUCUUUUGGUUUGUGUCGAUUUUGGCGCCCCCUGUGGACAAAGCAGAUUUCACUUAUCAUAUCAUCUACAAGCUUUAAUAGUAAUUUAUGACAAAAAAAACUCCUCUGCUGACUUUAAGCAGUCAAAUGUUGUAUUUAUGGUGAGUAUUUUAGUGGAAAUUGUAAAAACAGGACCAGUUUUUAGCUGAUUUUACACCAUAAAUGUAAAAGUAUAAAAAGAGCGAUGGUCCUUUUGGGUUUUGUUUAUUAUUAAUAGGCAUCUAGUCUACUUUAUUAAUGUAAAAAAUCUCCUAAUUAAAGCUUUAACUAUUAAAUAACACUUGUUACAAAGUGUUACCCUCUAUUUUUGUUCUGAUUAUGAGAAACUCUUUCAUUUGGAUUUGGUGUUUGUUGUGAUUUUUAUUCCUAAUUCUAGAAACGAUGUAAAUAUGUCCGUUCAAUAAUGACUAUAUCCCACUAAAAAUAACAUCAAACACGAGCUUAACACUGCUGUUUCUUGAUGCUGCGUUUGAGGACUCGUACAUCAAUAUCCAAAGCUGUUGUCAUGGUUUCACUCCAGGUCUGUGAAAGCAGAAAAGCGUUUUUCUCACUUCUGAAAAGGAAAUAUGAAAAUGUUCAACUCCUCUUUGUUUGCGUCUGAUAGGAGUGAUAUAAAGUGGAGAGAGAGAGAGAGAGAAAAGGCCUCGCUGUUGAUUGAGAGAGCAUAGUUUCGACACAAGUACACACACACACACACACACACACACAGAUGCUGACCUGAAUGUAGAUGUAUGGAUGGAUGGAUUCCACUCUGUUGCAUCUCGCUUGCAUAGCCUCAAGGCUUUUUCUGUUGACGGGUGUGGACUCUGUGUGUGUGCGUGUGUGUGUGUGUACCAUUCAGCAACACUGGCUGUGAGACUCCCCUCCCCAUACAGACAGACAGACAGACAGACAGACAGAUAGACAGAUCACCGGGCAGAACGAUAGGACGGUAAAUGCAGCGACAGACACACAGUGACUUCAUCUGGCUGACCGCCUGUUUCUGCGAGCGAACAUAUGUCGCCUGAAUGCAGGAGACAAAGACAGGAAAGACAGAGAUGCAGCAGCGUUAGAUUGACGUGGAUGAUAAGCUGGAAGAAGAAGGAGGAGGAGGAGUAAUUUUUGAAAAUCCUGGGAAAGAUAAAAACCCUCUGUCUGGAGCUCGUGUUUACUCCUGCAGUGUCAUAUUUACACUUUUUCACAAGUGCUGUUUACAUCUAAGAGUUAUGGAUGGUGUCAGGGUGAAAAUGUGAACAUAUAACCUCAUGAAUGUUCCCAAACUGAUGCCAAUAACUCUGUUUAUAACCGACGUAAACACCGUCAAUACGCAGUGAUAAAAUCAACAUCAGCGAUAAACUUUUUGGUCAAAGGAAACUGAUUCAAAGAUCCACAUCAUUUUACUUUUAAAAGAGUCAAAAGCUUUUUUGGAUACAUAUUCGCUGCUCUCUGUAUAUCCCAAUUUUGCUGUUUAAUCCCUUUUAUCUCCUUUUAACUUUACAACUGUCCCCUGAUGUAAAAACAAGAGCCAAUUAAAGUUUCUACAAUAUGUUAAAAACAACCCAAACUGACCAAAGCGCCUCACAAACAAAGCCAAAACAACCCUACGUUUUUAAAGAAGACUUUUGAAUCUGAACGAUGGCAAAUGUUAACUUUAGCUCGAUCAAACACUGACGCAGGCCUUUCAGAAUCAGAAUCAGAAUCAGAAAUACCUUAAUAUCCCCCAGGGGGGAAAUCGCUUUCGUAACAGUACUCCAGUGCAAAUACAGUAAAGGUAAAAGAGUAAAAACAGUAAAAGAGAAGAUAAACAAUAGAUAAAAUACAAGAUAAAAUAAGUAAAAUAAGUAAAAAUAUAGAGAUAAUACACAAGUAUUUACACUAUAAACAACACAAAUAGUGACAUCGUAUGCUUUUUAACCAGGCUGUAAACAAGUUUGAUUUUGAUGUGAAAAUAGCUUUUUUUGAACAGGUGUGUAUGUGGUUUCCUGUGCUGCUGCAGCCAGCCUCUAGUGGACAUUUAAGGAACUGCAGUUUGAACUACACCAAGACUGUUUUUUAAAGUCUUCAUGAGGGCUGUCAGUGUUUACACUUUAAUUAGGAUGCAAACAGAAACUGAAAUAACUUUUUUUUUCCCCAGUUACACGCUAUUUUGUUUGUUAUUUCACCACCAGGACAAGAAGACUCAUAGAGACAACAAACAGCAUGGAGACAUCAGAAAAAAACAUAGACUAACACCAGAUACACAAUAAACACAGUAAAGGCCAAUGAAACAUCAACAAUAAAAGAUAAGGACAUGAUUUAAUACAACAAAAACCUGAUAAAAAUUAAUAAAAUGAAUAUCUCUACAACUAUGCAGCAGUGCCAAGUCAGACCCUAACAUACUCUGCUGCUGGAACAAAAGACCUUCUCAGGCAUCACAAGUCGCUCACUGAAAGAGCUCUCAAGACCUUUAAAGACAUAGUGGAGUGGAUGAUCUUUGUAGACCAGGAUUACUUUUAAUUUAGACCUGGUCCUCCUCUCAACAAUGACCUCAAAAGACUCUGGGACUAAGCCAAUAACUGAUCCAGCCCUCUUUAUCAUCUCGUUGAUCCUAUUUUUGUCGUCAGAUGAUAUCCUGCCCCCCCAGCUAAGUACAGCAUAAAAAAGGACGCUAGCCAGAGUACUUUAGUAAAAGACAUCCAGAGUUCGAUACACUUUUGUCAAAUAAAGCUAAAAUAUCUUCAAUGCUCUCGGAGUUUUAGCUUUUACCUACAAGCUAAAGAGCUGCAGGUAGAGACAGAUUAGACUCAGUAAAAAUAAAUGUAAAUAAAACAUGUAAAUCGAACUUCUCUUAGUUGAACCUCAAUAAUGCAGUUGAGGUUCGAUGUUUCUCUCAUGCAUAGACUUCCAUGGACCGAAGCAUUCUGAGCACGCUCCAGACUUUGCAGACGCCAGCAUAAAACUGCGCCAGGAAGAAGAGAGGAUGUAAAAUAGACUAAGACCAUAUUUGUACGUACAGGAAGUGCAUCAAGGCCCAGUAAAAACCUCGAAUUUUAAACAUGCAAUUAAAAGUGUGCAUUUGUCGAGGUCUAUUUUAAUUUACAUGAACCGUUGUACGGCGGGCGAUAAAUGAUAAUGUCGUCUACAAAGAGCACCUGCUAGCUCUCUGCGCCUCUUUUAUUGCACAAACUAAAAUAGAUGAAGGAAACGAUCUGUUGUCUGUUCACACCAGCAGCCUAGCAACCUUUCCCCCUUUUACACAAACACAUCUGAUCGUGUGUGUCUGUGCGCUCGUAUCAAACCUCACAUGCUCUCUCUCUCUCUCCUUUAAACCCUCUUUCUCAUCCCUCUCUACCUUUAUUCUUCUUCAUCUCUCGCUUUACCCACUUCCUCUCUCACCUCUCUUCCUCUCAGUCCAAGUGGGGCCUGUGGCUGCUUUCCUCUAAAAAUAGCUUUUGUCAUCUCAGAAGCUCUUUCAUGCCAUUCCCCAUCCCCGUUACAACACGCGCCACAAAAGAAACUCUGUUGAUGUGCUUCAGCGACAUGAAACCACAGAAACUUUAAAAGUUCAUCUAAGCUCCAGUACAGAAACGACCCUGCUGCUCUCUAACAGCCGAAUCGUAAUAAUUAACUCCGGACAUUGUGUCUCCCUCGUUAUGACAGCGAGUCGUUUACGAUGUUUAGAAAGCAGAGAAGGGCGGGAAUCUGACGCUGAAUUAACAGACUGUAAUUUUCACAAGACAAACAAUGGUUUCUCUGCUGUGAGUUUUCGCUCGUCUUUCAGGACGGGAAAUUGGUGUUAAUUGCCGCGAGUGUCUGUGUCAGCGUGUGCAGAUGGGAUGCAGCUGAAAUGAGCGGUAAUGAAGAAAACAGACACACAGAGACGAAGAGGAAGCAUGGACGCAUCUAUAGGAAUGAGUUUCUUAAGACCUGCAUGUCUCCGGCCUUUUAGGCGAGUCUCAUUUCUAACCUUGACGUUGUUGUAAUUGAAUUAUUUACCAAUUGAAGCAAGUAUAGCCGAGCUGCUGCAUUAGAGGAGGUAAAGGGGAGUUGGUGAGUGCUUUAAUUUGCAGUAAGUAAGGUAAUAGUGCUUCUUCUUAUGGGAAAUGCACAUCCUCUGCAAGACGGAGUCAGUUGGUUAUCAAGAGCUCAAGAAGUAUCCGUGACAAAGAUGCUGAAUCUGCUUAUCUGUUUGUUAUAUUUUGCAUUAUUUGUAACAUUAUGCCAGAUUUAAAGUAUGUACUGAACAACACAGGCUACAAAAACCCCUCCUAAGUUACUCAGUGUGCUCUGGAGGUCAGGCCAGGUCUUGUAUCCAUCAAAGUAUCCUUUAAAUAAAAUUGUCCUUGUUAAUAAAUGGAGUGGCCUUCCUCUUAGCCCAGCUGCUAGUGCUUUGAAGUAGACCAAUAUUAGGUUAGGAGCCUGGCUUUCUCUGCCUUUUUUCUCUUCUGCUGUCCUUGACUUGUUUUGCUUUUUAACUCUUAGUGUCUCUCUCUAUGAAUACAUAUAAAAUAACACAAAUCUGUACAUCCACAUAGGGCUGGGCGAUAAAACGAUAACAAUGUAUAUUGAAAAUUAAUUUCCUUUCGAUGUCAGUAUAAAACAUGGUCAACAUGCUUUCCAAUAGUCGGCACGAAAAGGGUAGUUGUUACGGGUCCGCUUAGCACUGAACCAAUCAUGUGCUGAGUAGUGAACAACUGCGUAAUAGCAGGCUGCAGCUACACACAACCAUAGCACUUUAAAAUGUGAAGCCGACAGCACUGUUGGUGAAAAAUAGAAAAUGAUAUUGAAAAUAUAUUGUGAUAAACUUUUUCCACAUAUUGCCCAGCCCUACAUCCACAUAACUGUAACUGUGAUCUACUUGUGUUUUUCACAUGUUUCUGCAAGUCUGAUCUAGUUAAAAAGAGAAGUUAAAAUUCACAGUGAAAGUAUGCCUGGAGGUGCACCUGACUCUUAAAGGGAAUGAGAGCAGACACUCUGUUUGGUUAGAUUAAUGUUUCGCCUAAAAAAAAAAACCCAACACACCUCGAAUUACUCAAGGGGGUUUAAUCCGAUCUCUUUGUGCUCUGUGCUUCACUUCCUAUUGACUCACAACGCUUCUUCAUUUUUGAUUUCAAAACUGCCGUCAUGUUUCGUGUUGGUGUUCAACAUCUAAACAAAGAACUAAAUGGAGAACCAAGGAUUUAAACAUACACCGACAUCGACCUACAUGCACACACAAUGAACCAACAAAGAUAGAGGGGAAGACAGGGACUAUGUACACACUGGGAAACGAGCAACAGGUGAGGCAGACGAGACACAGGUGAAACUCGUUAGUGAUUAACGAAGGAGGGAAAACUGAGGAAGUAAAACCAGACAAGAAACACAAGGAAUCAACUAAUACACGCUUUGAGUGUGACAGUCACACAGUUUGACCCAUUCUCACACCACAUGCCACACUUGACAUUUCUCACGCUUAUUUUCCCUGUUCAAUACUCUAUGAUAAUAAACUUGGCUUGCCGUAGUUGGAGUAACUCUGAUUAACUGACUGAGAAAACCAAUCCCAGACCAAUCCAUCAGUCCUUUCUGCCUACUGCUGCGUUCGAGUUACCCCGGAAGUCAGAUGUCGGAGCUGAAAAUGUCGUCACACCCGAGUUCCCAGCAUUUCAGUUAGCAAGUUGGAAAGAGCAAAAUCGGAGGCCUGAAACAAGAUGGCUACGCCUACGAAAGUUACUUUAGGGCUUGCCUUAUUUUCCGACAAAGCAAGCACUACAGUAACUCUCAUAGAUGUAGCCAUCUAGUUUCCGCUUGGCGUCUCGAACUAUCUUUCACACACAACAGCGCCAACAUUUGAAACCCACUCAACGUAAUACAAUAUUGAUGAAUAAAUCUAUUUUGUCGAAAUUCUUGUUACAAUUUUCAUCUCUAGUUUGUGGUUAAGACUAGCAUUAGGGAGAGCAGCUGGCAUGGAGGCGAGGACAUCAGUCUUAAUGUAUAAAUUGACGUUAAAAAAGGCAAAAGCUGUGUCUGAAAUGGAUCCCUAACCUCUAUAGGCGACUAUAUGGGGGUUAGCGCCAUUUUGAGGGGUGUCCGAAACCUGAGUGAUCAAUUCUAAUGCCCCUUAUAGGCGAUUCAAAAUUUCCCAUAGAGCAUUGCAAAAUGUAGCGAACAUUUGAUGGUCACUCACCGGUGGUGGACAUCCCGUCGUGCAUUGCGUCUUGCCAUGUAGUGUCCGAAACCUCCGGUGAUUGAGCUCACUACAUAGUCAGCUGUAUAGUGAAACCCCAUAUUAGGUUGGGUGUCGCCGCGCAGCCGAACACUUCAUAACGCUGAAGUCUCACUCCUGUCAUUUUCUGAAACUUGGCAGCCCUGCUACUACAAAAUAAAACCCAAACAAAAUACACUCAAAUAACUAAACCAGGAGAAAAACUAAAUGAACAGGAGAGAUCAUGACACAUCUGACUUUAAAGUAAAAAGAAAAGAAAGUCGGUAUUCGGUGAGUAGUCUGAGUUAAACAGACUCGAUAGGCCCCUCAGGCGAGAUCGCACUGUCACCAGAGAGGAGGGCGAGGUACAAGGUUUACUGUCAGAGUGAGACGUCAGAUCCAGAGAGAGGUUAGAUCAUUUUAUAUUAAUGUGACACAUUAAAACAAAACACAGAGAGAUGAUUAUUAACUUCAGCAUUCUGCAGGCUAAACUACAUUUUUAACCAAGUCUGCAAUAUACCUUUUCCUACUGUGCACGCUCAGGUAAGGAUGGCUAUACCGAAGACACACAGACACACAAGCGUUUAGAGACUCAGUCCUGAUGGAUUAAAGCUCUAGGAACAAUGUCAGUGAUGAACCGCUCUGCAGACGAGGCGAGAACCACGUAAAGACUUCGUGAUGUGCUCCCUGUCUUCACCGUGACUCAGUCUGAAAAGCUCUGAACCGCUGUGGAUUUAUCUCUCCGAGCGCUUUAGGGACUGGACACAUCACUGGCCGGCGAAGAUAGAAAAGAGCAAGUCCUACCCUUUCCUCUGGUAUUUUGUCUCGCUUUGAGUUGCAUCACAAAGAGCAGAGGGUAACCUGAAGUCUACGCCGAAGUUGGCAGUCUGCAGUGAGUCACUCUCUACUUCCUGCCCUGCUUGGCCGCUUUUCUAUGUCUGAUUUAGAUUGGAGCCGGCAUCAAAACGGCCAUGGCACUGGUCGAUAAAAGCAGAUUUUUGGCCGAGCUGAACACCAGAAUGAUCUGGAGCUUUUGAUAAGAAGCAGACCUGGUGUUCCUCUCUCUCUCUCUCUCUCUCUUUCUUCCCUUCCUCUUGUUAUUCUUGCUAAUAGCUAUUCUCCCUGCCAUCCCCCCUGAGGUAUGAAUACAUUUCGACGCUCAAUAGUGCCAUCUGCUGUUAUUUACACUCCUAAUGCAGAGUAUAUGCUGCCAGAUGGGUGUUUUGUAACCACAGAUAAACCAGGGUCAGAUCCCCGGACUCUUCCAGAUUCCAGAUUCCUCCUAAAUUCCUCCCAAGUCUGAGGAUCUGAACCUGAUUCCUGGACUUCACGCUGUCCUCUUUCUGGUCUCAUAUGUUUGCGCUCCCCGCUCCCAUCACGGACACAUAAGCGGCUCUCAUUACUCUGAUCAAUGAUGGUUUAUUUUUUAAUCAAGCUGCCACUCUUCAUGAAAGCCUGUUGUCUCACCGAAUCAAAGGUUCAUCCCUCAGGAGUAAAGCAAUCUCACUGACCUUGAGCGUAAACAGAGGUCACACGCCUAUUAACGCAGCUGAGUGUCCAGAGAGGUCGGAGCAGAAAAUUUGUCUUAUUAUAUUUAAAUCGAGGGAAAAUGGUCCCAUCCGCUUCGAGAUUAUCAGGGAUUUCUGAAAAGGCAGGUCACAGUAAACAGUUUGAGUCCCAAGAGAAAACAAGUCGUAAAUUUAGGAGGGUAAAGUCUAGAAUUGCAAAUAAAAAAUGUAAGAGAGAACGUUUACAGGGACAAAGUCAUAAAUUAACAAGAUUGAAGCUGUAAAUUUACAAGAACAAAGUCAUAACCUCACAAGCAUGAAUUAUAACGUUAUGAGAUAGAAGCUGUAACUGAAGGCUUUGAUUAAAGCGGCGUGUAAAAGUAACAUAAAGCGAAUUAUCAGAGGGGCCGUCUGCAGUAAAUGAAGGAAGGUGAGGACAAGCAGCAGCUGCAGAAGCAUGAACAGGGAGUCCACGGGUGCAAGGAGGUCCAAAGUGAGGCGACAUGAGACUGAAGGGAAAUGCAGUUUGUGAUGCAAAGUGUUUUCUUGGUCAAAAGCCUUCAAGAUCAAAGUACCUGUAGAUGCAACUCUGAGGAUUAUUUGACUACGACGAUGUUAAAAAAUUAAAAUCAUCAAAUCGAUUUUCCUCUCUAUCAUGUCCCGCACCUCCAGGCCACCUUGGCUACCCCUUCCCCAGUUCCUACAAACACCAGUGUAAACAAACAUGGCGUUUCCAACAGAAGGCGAUAAUUUCAUGGCUAAAUAGGACAAGAGCAAGUCAGUCGUGUGGAAUUGGUACGGCUUCGCAGUUUUGGACGAAGAGCAGACCACUCCCGGCUGCAAGGUCUGUCUGAAGGCGGUAUCAACCCGUCCACAUGGAAACAAAAUUCAGGAGAAAACGCAAAGGUUUUUUGUUGUAUCGGCGUUUCAUCCACACGGGAACGGCGUUUCAGGUGACUGUAAACGGUACUUUUUUUUGAAAACAGGUCAGAGAGUGAAUAAAUCUGUAAACGACUACCAUCCCCAAACGAUGACGUGACACACAGCGUAACUCUUUUAUGGUGCCUGUGCGCGUCCGACCAAAACAACCUUUGUACGCAUGCUCAGUACUCUUCAUCGGUCUUUUGUGCAUUUCCUGGGCGCAAUUUUAUUUUUAUUUUUUUGUAGGAUGGUAGGGAAGGUCCCGCCCUCCUUCGCCUCUUACUGGCUAGAAGAUUGGUUAUUUCUAAUGGCUGUGAAACGUCAUCGUCUGUCGUGUUUGACUUGAGCGUGUGAUGACGUUUCCAGCUUUUCUAGCCAAUCAGAGGACAAUUACGAGGUGUCGACAUAUAUUAUGUCUAUGUUUAAAACUGUCUCUGUUCAGGAAUGAAGAUCUAGGAUGUCCAAACGGAAAUAAAACAACUGUAAGGUUUUCAAAAUAAAAGCAAAACACUUAUUUAGCAUAUUCAUGUUCUGAUUGGCUCACGAAGGGCCCGGGCAGGGACAUCCAAAGGACCGGAUGCGGCCCCCCGGAUUCGUAAAAUGCCCAGGUCUGAUUUAGAGGAUGCUGUGGCUCGGUGGUACAGCGGGGCUCAUCUCAAUCAUGAAGAUGACGGUUCGAUCCCAAGCUACUGCGUUACACAUGUCGAAGCGAUCACAGGCGAAACCUUCAUCCCCAAAUGACUCUGAAGGAGAGGAGCAGCGGCGUGUAAAGGCUUAUAACUGGAUUAGUUUCAUUCAGAGCGUCCUCAGCCAUCAAUGUGUGAACACAGUGUGAGAGGGUGAAUGUAGCUUACAGUACAAAGUGCUUUGACUGGUGGAAAACUAGAGGGGCGCCAUCUAAGUAUAGUCCAUUAACCAAUCCAUUUACUCGGUGCGUACAAACUGGUGUAUCUGUUCACAGAGCGGAUAACCAAAUCCCUGUUGUUUAAUUAAAUAAAUGUCAGUCACUAUUCUGUCCUUUCCCAUCACGCCACGAGCAACUACAGUCAGAUGUAAAAACACAAGGCGCUCACAUCCGAGUCCUGAAGGUCAUUUCCAUCCAUGACAUAAUUAGUAAAUAAAAGCUCCUGCAGAAACAACGAGCGCCAUAAAUAGUUUUAAACAAAGAGGUUUGGUUGGAGACAGAAGAUAAGAACAAAGAUAAGAGCUUAAUUUAGACGAUUUUUGGGUUUAAAAAUAAACCUGAGGAUGAAACGCUGCGAGCUUGUUUACCCUCGCUGACACUGAUAUCACAGCAGACGCCCAUCUGAGGGAAACAAGAGGAUGAUUAAAAAUGAAAUUUGCAGAGCAGAGGGAAUCGAGGGUGAGUGUGUGUGCGUGCAUGCAUGUGUGCGUGCAUGUGUGUGUGUAUUCUCUUUUCCGUGUCGACCCCGGAGGCUUGGAAGCAGUAGCGGCUACAGCAGCGUGCUGGCUAAGUUUCUGUUGCUGCCUGGCAUGUCACUGAGGGUUUAUGUAAGAGCACACGCAGGCUCUGUCUCUCACGCAGGCAAACACACACAGACGCGCACACACACACACACGCACUGUAAAUACCCCAGCAAUGGAUUAUGCAUGUAUUCCCUCUCUCCCGCUCGGUGAAGUAGCUUCUAAGCGACGCUUUGAUGAAGCAAUGUAAACAGCCAUAUGCAGAGACAGCCAGCGCUGUCAGGCCAAGGUCCUGCCUGUGUGUUUCUCCAAAUGGGCCUGACUGCAUCUGACAAUGUUAGCGAGGAGAUGCACGAAGCAUACGGCCUUAUUUACACAGCCCUCUGGUGCCAAAGUGGAAACAAACCGGACGGAGCUAAAGCCUCGUUUUUGAAGUGUACGGCGAUGAGGGAACGAUGCAGACCUUGAGUGCUUUGGAGGGUAAAUUACAGCCGCAGACUGACCUCUAAAAGCCGCGCUGGUAUACUGGGAGAUGAAUGGCCAAUGACAAACCCCCUAUAUGUAUUGUUGAUAACAUUAAAAGCAGCGUCUGGAGCCCGAACCCUUGAGCAGGAGGGGGAGACGACCUUGUGAGCCGAGCAGAAAUCUUAAUAGGCUUAAAAAUCUGAAGUAUUUGAAGACCUACAGUUCAGAUCUUUCACAUUAAAUUCAGUUUUAGUCUCUGAUGAUUUGCGGGCAGUUACACCGAGGAAUCAUGAUAACACCGAACCAUGAGGAUAAAUGAUAUCGCCUCAAAUGUGCUCAGAGGAUCCCAGAACGGGUCCACAUGUGAGCGUGUCUGCAAUAGAGAGGGGUGGGUUUGGAUUCAUACACUAUCAGUGGAAAAUAGAGUGUAUGUGUGGCAUCACCAUGGCAGCCGUCCAGCGCAGGCAUUAUGGGACGGCGUGUGCAUGAAUGAUCACCUAUCGGGUCAUCUUCUGGGAGAUAGGAUGGAUGGAGAGAGCCGUGUUUUGGCAGGCCUGUGACAUGUCGGCUCAGCGGUCUGUGAUCAGUCGCAUUUAAGACACAGUCAGCAGAUGAAACUUUGACUGUAUAAUUUAUGUAUUUGGAGUUCUGGAAACUUCUUUUAACAGGCAGAAACCUCAAGCAGAACCAGACAAAGACUGAGAGGGGAGAGAGGAAGAUUUUAAAAGAGGGAGAUUUUCUAGCUAGACUAUAAAAUCUACAAUUUCAAGAUGGAGGGUGUGAUUAAAUAUCUACUUAAAUGUGGGGUAGGCAGGAAUCCAUUAAUCGUGAUUGGUUGUGAGGCACGCUCCACAUCCUUGAAUAACAUUCAGGUGCCCAAACAAAGUUAGCGUGCUACAAUAUCAGACAGUAGAAACCAACCAGAAAGUACGGAAAAUUGUCUGAAUCCUCCUUUGGCCACGACUGCCGACACAAGCAAGAAAACAAAGUAAAUACCGGAGACUCUGGCGGAAUAACGGGUGUUUAAAACGGAGGUAGACCGGACAAGAGUUAAAAAGCCGGGUCAAUAUCAAUGAAGCAUAAACGAUGGGGAACGCUUUGGGACCCUUCAACAAAGUAAGCCAAGUGUCUGUAACAGAAGUGUUUCUUGUCAAAUGGGACCUGCUGUAGCGUGUUGUAGCGCCGCUAAACUGUUGACCUCGGGACCUGGACUAUGUCACUUUAUCCUAGUUGUAGAGGUCCUAGCCUGUUAGCAUCUACAGUAGCACAGAUGCUUUUUACUUUCACCUUGACUGGGCCCCAUUUGUAAUUAUCUGAAGUAUUUAUCUGCAUUAUAUCUGAGCGAGCAGGAGCGUCUGUUUGUGGGCGGGGCUUGCCGAAGCUGAGAGGGAGGGGAGAGGAGGAGCUGAGGGGAAAACUGGUUGAGAGGGGUAGAGUUUACAUUCAAGAUUUCUCCCAAAAACUGACACUUCCUCAGAUCCUGCCUACCCCACCUUGAGGGUGUGCAGAGUCCAGACUGUAAACACAAUCAAACUCAGACUAAUAAUAGAUGGAGCUGGAGGACCACAUUUGGAGUUACUCUGACAUGUUUCACAUCUAUAUAAGUUUGUUUGGCUCCUCUGUAAACAAAUAGAUCAUCUGCUCCUCUUCAGCUGCCUUCUUGGCAGAGUCGAGACCACCCAGAGGUCCAAACCCAUAAAAAUGGACCAGAGACUGAAGCGAUACUAGCAGAAUGAUGUAACAUAAUAUUGUAAGGUAAUAUUGUUUGGCUGUGGCUCUUAUAAAACCAGUUUUGUUCUCUUCUUUCCUGUUAUGUAAUCAACAUAUUGGAGUAAGUAUUCAUUCUUGGCCUCGGAAAGAGAAGUUUAACAAAUUCUUUGAUAUUCUGAGAGUCUGCUGAAAACAGUUUUAGCCUCGUCUAGCGGUCUCUCGGUUGUCAAGGAAAUUACUGUUUCUGUUUGUGUAAGGUUUGGGAACAUAGAGGAACCGAAAAAAAAAAGGUUUAAAUAAUGAAUCGCUGAGAAAGCCCAAAUUUACUCCUCUACCUUACUCACUGUUUAUUAUUUAAUUUACAUAUAUCAGCGAGCUAGCUAUACACUAUAAACAUGUAAGGAGAAAGAGGCCUCCUAUCAGAGCCUUCAAAAUAAGAGCAGGCUGGUAAAAUUUAGUCGUCCUUUUUGGAGAGGAAAACACAAAAUUCAUGUUGGUAUUUAAAAAUGAAGGAUAGUUUUUGCACAAAUUUCACAUUCUUGGUUUGACCUUUUUGUCACUUGAACAGGGACCUGUCGCGUGGCAGAGUUGAAUAAAACCAUGAUUUAUUAAAAAGAAUGAAAUAAACAGCAACAAAAAAAUUACUUCCAAAAAACACAUGAAGUAAAAUCCAAACAAAAGACACUCAGAUAAAAACCACCAGGAGACGAAAGCUUCACGGGGAACAUGCUGACAUGCACACACAUCGACAAAGUGAACCAACCAGGACAGAGGAGAAGACAGGGACUAAACGAGCAACAGGUGAGGCAGAUGAGACACAGGUGAAACUCGUUAGUGAUUAACAAAGGAGGGAAAACUGAGGUAGAAGAAACACAAGGAAUCCUUUUCGUAGCCGUUCCAGAUUUGGUGGAAAUUGGGGGUCGCACACAGUUAAUUUUAAGUUUUUCGGGGUUGCAUUAAGUGUUUUUUUUUAUCUACUUCUAACUCAGUAAGUCUGUGCGACAUUUGAAGGAUUUCAUAAACUCACUAGGACAAAGCCAGACAGCCUCCAAAAAAAGAGGACAUGUCAGAGUAAAAGAGGAUGUAUGGUCAUCCUAGUCAAACACAAACCAAAAACUCACAAGACUGGACUACAGGGGAACAGGAACACAAAAUACACAAAAUGCACUAAAAUAAAACCAGGAGAAACUAAAUUAACACAACAUAUCAUGACAGGACUGCUCUCUGCAUGUUACUACGAAAAGGAGAUGAACACGUGGAAACACCAAAGCCUGAGGCAGGGAGAGCAGCAGCCACAGAAACCUGGAACAGAUUUGACACCAGCAAAAUCAGAUUCAGCUUAAAUGGGGGAGCUGGGAAGGAGGUGGGUUGCAGAGUUUUUCGGGGAGGAUGGGUGUCUCUAUCUAUCUCUACAAGUAUCCGGUGUGGUUGAGGGACUAGUUAGCUGUUUGUUCAUGGAGAUUGCGUCCAACCACUCCCCCUCUUUCCUGACCAUUUCCACUCGCUGUGAAUACUCAGAAAACGGUAACUCGGAUACACAAACUGCUACAGAAUUGUCUAUAUAGUACAUAAAUCUUGAUUGCACUAAAAGCCCGACCUCUGGAAGCUCAUCACCGGAGGCUUUUAAGCUACAAGAUGUCCGUCCAGCUUAGCUGUUAUCUGGAGAGCUGGCAACAAAAACAGGGCGAGGAAACAAACAGAAAAAAAAAAAAGAAAAACAAAACUGGAAUGAAGAUUGGUGUUACUUAAUUCAGCGGUUAUUUUAAAACCGAGUCAUUUGUUGCAUCUUUUUGAUGAGCUUCUCGUUUGCUGUUGACUCCCUCGAGUGUUCGGAGCGGUAUUAUUCAUCUGUUCUCUGAUCUCACAGUCAGUCACUGUUCUGUUAGUGUGAAAUAGCCUCGAUUUAAGUGUGACUAGUGAAGUGUGUCUUUCUAUUUCGUGCUAUUUCUCUCACUCUUCCUCUUUUUUUUCUUCUCUGUCUGUCUCUCCUCUUUCCCUUUUUCUUCUCUCUGGCUUUCCCCGGCUUUUGGAUCAGCACCAGCGCCAGCUUGCCUGCUGAUUAUGAGGGCUUUAAUGUUCCAUUUAACAGCAGCAUGUUUUGGGUCGUGUGUGUUUGUGUGUGUGUAGAGGUUGGGUAUCCGUUUAAUAGAAUAGGCUUUGUCACACGCUCAUUGUCACACACCAACACGGCCACAUUAGCCUUUAUAAAGCCAGCUGUGCCUGUCCGCCCGCCCGCCUGCCUGCCUGCCUGCCUCCUCCCUGAGUGGACAGAAGCGGCCUGGCGUUCGGCCUGUCCUUUGAUGGCUGUAUCAAACAGCCGUAACAGGAAAUAGAAGCCAAAUCAGGAGAGGGAUGGGAUUUAAUGGAAAUGUUAACGGCGAGGAAACAGUCACUCCAGGUCCCGACUUGGGCAUCUCAUCGGUUGUUAAACGGUCAUUUUGUGCCACCUAGUGAAGGUUUUGUUUUUCACUCCGUCCUCAGAUGGAGGAGUUUCACAGUCUCAUCACUCUGCCCCACUUUCUUUCUCCCCCUCUUUUUUUUUUUUUACAUAACAAAGUGUUUCAUAACUUGCCAGAUUGUCGAAAGAGCCGCAGUGCCUUCCUCUUCUCCCCCUCCCUCCCUCCCCGUCAUCGACAUCUCUGACACCUUUCCUUCACUCCUUCCCUUCCACUCUUCCUCCCCUGAAGCGAGGCCGUACAGGAGCGUGAGGCAGGACCCGUGGGAGGAAAAGCCACGUUCAAUUUGUGCAGGACCCAUCAGGCGAGGUCCCAGCCUUGCCCCAGCACCCCCAUCUCCAUCCCGAGGGGGGGCUUUCUUCCACAAAUUAGUUUGGCUUCCGCGGAGUGAAGGGGGCAGAUAGGAACCUGUAUGGUUUAGGGGGGAAGAGCUCCUUCACUGUCACACUCACUUAACUCUCCUCCUUCAUCGUUCUUCGUCUUCGGCGUCUCCUCAUCUUUCAGCUCAUUGACAUUCCUCUUCCUCCGCUCGCCCCCCUCCUCCUCUCUUCUGUCUCUUAACUUCUCUCUGCAGUCUGAUCGGUUUGCUGCUGCAGCAGAAUUUACAUGGGUGGGGACCUUGUGGUGCAGAUGGGCAGCUUUACGAACCCCAGCUGACUCCCUCUGUCUUAUAUACUCUAUCUUUUUUCUACCCCCUCUCAUCCUCAUCCUCUGCACUCUCUCCCAUUAGGAUUCAGGGACUCGUCUCCCCCCCUGUUGUGACUGCAGACAGUUUGUGCGUGCCGGGGCGGCUCUCUUGUUAGAGGCGAGGGCACCGUCCUCGCCUUUUGCUUCGCCCCUGUAUAACAAGAUUGUUUGCUACGAACACAAGCAAGGACGAAAUCGCACGAUGGUUUGACACCACCUGAAACAAAACUGAAAUCCCAGCUUCCUUUUCGCUGUAAUAAAUAUUUUGAUAUUAAUAAUGGAUGCUCAGAUGAAGGGAUCUCUUCUACUUUUUAUUACUCUGCAGUUUCUCCCUGCCCUACAGAAGUUUUACCGCCUUACAACUUGGUUUUUGAUCUUGCGGCCAACUCGGUGUACAGUGUGCAGCACCGAUCUGCACACAGAGACGGCGAACACACAACCGCAGUGGAACAUUUAGUAUCUAAGGAGCCGGGAGUAGGUGGAGGAGUGGGUGAAGAAGACUAUAAACAGAGCUAAAAGAGUUAGAAAUGUCUUUCUUGGAAAUGGAUCAAACUUCAUUAAAGAUCGCUUUUGAUUUAUCAUACAAAUCUGGUGCUCUGCUAACUUUACAGUCAUGUGAGGAGUUCUCAUUUUUGAGGAAAUUGGCCGUGAGAUGAGGACUGCGUUUCCCGUGAGCGCCACCACCCGCUCGUAAAGAUGUGACUGAGUUUCCAAAGCGUGCAUUUGUAGUGGAAGCAAAUAAAUGGAAAACAGAUCUUCAUUUUGACACAACUUGUUUUUGUUUGGACAACUUUCUGCAGGAAUGAUGAGCUCAUGUACUGAUUUAAAGCUCCGUAAAAUGACUGUGAGGAGUUUUUGGACAUUGAUAACAGAUUCAAAUCUAAUUCCAAAAGCAAACAAGAACAACAAAGACAGAUUUGUUUUUACAGGUUACUCUGUCAGACAGCUGCAGGAUUUGAUUUGUCCACAGGGGGCGCCAAAGUGGCUUUGAUAAUUGGGGUGGGAGAAAAAUCGAUACAGCGUAGUAGGACUGGGCGAUGAUGUGAUCGUGAUCGAUGAUCAUGAUGAAUUUCAGUUUGAUCACGGUGAUCAGCUGUGAGCAUAUUUACUCGAUCAAACACGGCGGAAAUGUGCGUCACAACAGCCAAUGAGAGUCGAGCAGAGUCUGCACAGCCUGUAACUGCUGACGGCACGAGUAGCAUUAGCAGUUUAGCCACAACUAGCGAGCAGCUAACAGACGCAAGCAAUCAAUUAUAUCAUCUACAUUUAAUUCAUCUAAUGUUUACAUUUUAAGGCGUCUUCAUUAUCUCUGAAGGGGGGAUUUGUUUAUUUUGGGUCUUGCAUACCUGCAAAAACACUCAGGACUGUAAACUAAUUCACUGUAUUAUUAAAUAUUUAUCUACAUUUGUUGUAUUGUUUAGUUAAAAUGUUUUUUUAUAUAUUUUUCUAAGUUUAUCUUGUUUAAUUUGCUUUGUUAUUUACUUUGUGUGUUAAUAAAAUGUUGAAGUAAUCUUUAGUUUCUUUAGUUUUAGUACAGACGCUUUAAAACUGGCAGUUAAAAAAAUGGGGAUAAUAAUCGAGAUCGGACAAUAUGACAAAAUAUAUCGAGAUCAUUUUUUUGCUAAGAUGUGCGACAUGAAAAUAAAAUACAGUGUCAAUAAGACAAACAUAAAGGAAAGCCAAAUGCUAAAUUAGCUAAACAGUUGAAAAAAAUUGUAUAAAUCGCAAUAUACUGUUGUUAAAAAUUGCAAUAAUAUUAUAUUGUGGCCCAAGUAUCGUUAUAAUAUUGUAUCGUAUCGUAGGGCUACGAGUGAGUCCCACUCCCACUGGUUAUAAAGUUUCCCUACCUUAAAAGAUAUUUAAACAUAAAAUUUAAGUCUUUUUUCCAACCCUGCUUUGGUUUUAGCCAUGAGUACAAAAUAUUAUUCCAAGGUAACGUAUCAAAUAAUGAAAAAUAUAAAGUUUUAAGAGGUUAAAAAUAUCUGAAUAUGAUUUAAGCCUCAGCACGCCAUGUUUGAAUUUUCCAACAAUGUUGUCCAAACAGAUGUAUACUCUAAAUUAAAUGUCUUUUCGAGCUCUACCUCAGUGUCUAUAUGUUUUUUUCCCCCCUCUGUGUUGUUCCCACUGUUUGAUAUGAGAAGCGUGUCUUCAUCAGCACACCUAGAAAUCAGUGUGUUUCAUCCUCCCUGGCUCGCAGAUUGUGGGGCUGGCAGUGAUUGAAAAACAAUCUCCGUCUGUUUGGAUGGAGUGGCUGGUGUGAGCUGCACCUGGGGUCACCGGCGUUUACAUGGCUGGGAUCUCUGCAAGAGAAGCUUAGAAUCUGACAGCUUGAAAAUAUGUGGCAUCGUCAUAUUUACACAACUAUAUGAAGUUAUUCUUGUAUGAAUAUGACUUUAUUUUGAUUAAAUUGUUGUGUUUUAUGCUAUUUUUUCAACAUAGAGUCCCAAAAAUGUCUGUAAAAGUGAAAUAAGAGGAUAUUUAGUGGUGAAUUGAGACAAUAAUGAGAAAAAACUCGCUCUUACUAAAACAUCUCCUCGAUGAAGGCUGCUCUCUGUUGUUUACAUGCAAUCUUAGAGAGCAGCCUCGCUCGGCUUAGAUUACCCAUCAGCUCUCAGAGUUUUUACCCAAGAGGUCAAGUGGAAGGUUGCAACUAAUGAAUCGCUCAGCUUCUCGCAGCUGCCCACAGGGUUCACGGUCUACGGAAGAUGACGAGCAGAGCGGGGGCUCAGCGGUCACGCAUUGCGUUUCUGCAUUAACCUCUGAGCUGGUGGACAUACCGGGAGGCGAUCCGGUGAUGACAUGGAGCGCUGAGAGGCAGAGGGGCUUUAAGAUUUACGAAUACUGAGCUCACAGAGGAUCCGUGUUAUUUACUCCAACAUGUACAGUAGAGUCACAGGGCCGCAGUGACAACAGUAGAUUACGGUGAACUACAGUCCAUUCAGACCAAAACUGUUAUUGAUCUGACUUCAAAGUAAAUCCCUCAUGUUUUGACACCAACAAGCCCACAGGGUAAAUCAUAAACCCUCCACUUUGGUUGCCCUUCUCAGCUCUGGUAUCGGUGUGGGAGUUUCUAUAAAGCAGAGUCGUGUUUUGUCAUCAUAUAUCUUGGAAAAAUCGAACUCAACGCCUCUCACAAAAAACAUCUCGCUAGUAUCUCAAAUUGAUUGUCUUAAUUGUAACUUUCAUUAUUUUAUUCAUCAUUUAAAUUUUUUUAUGUAGUUUUCACUGUGGGGGUGAAGUUCUGUGAACCGACAGAUUCAUUUACAAGUCAAAAGUAUCAGGAUGCAUCGAAGCAUCAGAGCGUCACUGACUGAAUGAAGAGCUUUGCAGCGUUUUGUUCCGCGCACCACUGACCGUGACUCUCCAGAAACAGCGCCGCUAAAAAGACCCAUAUCGCCCCCUAGUUUCAAGGAGGAGGACACGUUCAAUAAUCAGAUUCUCUCAGCUGCAUGUAUAAUAACCAAUAUAUAAUGAAUUAUGAGCUUAGUCCGAUUAAUCUGUGCACGCAAACGCACUACAGGAAAGAAUCAUUAAUUUAAUUUCUAGAUUUCAAAGGAAAGGAAAUCUUCAUUUAAUCUCCAAAGUCACGCCUGAAGGCUCAGACAGAAAAGAUCAAAAUACAGAGAAAAACUGAGAUCUUUACGUCUUCUCUUUGUUCUUUUUUUAUACGUUUCAGUUCUUUCCUUACGGCGACGCCUCCAAGUUUGCUCAGCACGCCUUCAGGACCUUCGACAAGAACAGCGACGGCACCAUCGACUUCAGAGAGUUCAUCUGCGCACUGUCCAUCACAUCACGAGGAAGCUUCGAGCAGAAACUCAACUGGGCCUUCAACAUGUACGACCUGGAUGGAGACGGCAAGAUCACACGGGUGGAGAUGCUGGAGAUCAUCGAGGUACCAACGAUUAAUCUCGUUAUUUUAUUUCUAAAGGGGCUAAAAAUGGUUUCCAGGAGGGAGCAAAAUCAUGACAACCUGAAGAGUAAACCUGUUGCUCUCUUGUCUCUGAAGGGUUUUUACAAAGCUCUGCUGAAAGCUGCAAAAAUCCACCUACCUGCACAAUUAGCAUUAUCAAUCUCAGCAUCUCACUCUCAGCAAGAAAAUGAAGAGUGCAUUUCCCAAACCACUGCGGCAAACCAAUAACUCGUCUGACUGUUAGAGCAGAGAGCUGAAAAAUACUGAUGAGUAUAAAACAAGCAACAAGUCAUGGAGGUGAAUUUAGAGAGAUAACUCAGAGUGAUUUGACUGAUUUUUAAGAGCGAUAUUGUUGUUGUAAAGAGGGAAACACAAUAAAUUGACUAUUUUCUACAAAUUAUAAGUCAUUUACAUUCAAGAAAAUACUGUAUAUAAAUGGAAAAAUAGAUUAUUAGUAGGUCUGACUUUACAUAUCUGUAUAUGAUGAUGGAAUAAUAUCAAAUGAUGUGAAUUUUCUUUCUCAUCCUGCUCAGACGGGAGAAAAAACACACACAGAUAAAAGCUAAUGGCAUAUGCUGUGCUGUCUUUGCACCCUUAUGAGGCGGCACAUCACAUCAUUUUUGCAAUUACCCACUCCAAGGCAUCAAAAGAUGCAGCAGUGCACCAUCUGUGCCGCUGUCACAUUCAGACAGGACACCUCGUUUUAACACUUAACCGUGUUUUUCCUUAAGUCCUCCCUCCUUACCUCCUCUGCUUACAUAACUCAGCGAGGAAGUUUCAGAGCCUCUCUGAACAUUCCCGCCGCUCUCUUCCUCCCCCUGCAGGCGAUCUACAAGAUGGUCGGCACGGUGAUCAUGAUGAAAAUGAACGAGGACGGCCUGACGCCCGAGCAGAGGGUGGACAAGAUCUUCUCCAAGAUGGAUAAGAACAACGACGACCAGAUCUCUCUGGAGGAGUUCAAAGAGGCGGCCAAGAGCGACCCGUCCAUCGUAUUACUGCUGCAGUGUGACCUCCAGAAAUAGGCCGGAGGGCGAGCGGAGAGCGCCCCACCAGCCGCCACGGACUGCACAGAAAGAAUUUCAUGUUCCAUUCAGUUCGCAGCUAUUUCCACUGAAAAAAAAAUAUAUGCUUGGACUACCUUUCAAUGGAUCUGCUUCUUGUGUUUGAAACACUCGUGUGCAUGAGAAUGUUAUUUGCUAUAAAAAGAUCUACACACAACAUACAAGGAGUGUGCGGGUGCAAGAGCACGGGUGCACACUCACUCCACACACACACACACACACACACACACACACACACACACACACACACACUACAUAUAAACACUUGCACAAAUAAUAUAUAUAUAGAUACAGUAUAUAAAUAUGAAUAUAUAUUUAAAUUAUUCAAAGAUCAACUGCCAAAAUGUGAAGUGUGCAAAGUAUUUUCCAUAAAGUUUCAUUCUACUGGAGCUUGCGCAUCAGUGAUGUGCUACGUUGAAUUUGCCGCUACUCUAUUUAUUGUUCCGAGUUUACUGAUGCUAGCUGUAUGUGUUUCAUAAUACCGAGUAACGUCAACUGAACCAAAUUCCUAUGAUAAUGUAUCUGCCUCCGAGAAGACACUCUUAUCCAUCGUCUUGACUAUUAGCUAGAAGAGAUGGAUUAGCAUUCGUCCAACUUUUCCUUCCAAAAACAUGCUUGUACUGUCAGUAUCGACAAUGUAAACGUAGUUAAUUUGCAUGCCUUUAGGUUCUGCCUUAAAAAUCUCCUCAUUUUGCAUCCUGUGAUCGCAGACAGAAAGCCUUAUUGAAGCAGCGCGGCGACGCUCAAAAAGCCGCCGCGAGUAAAAAAAGAUUUUUAAACAAAAAAUAGGUCCUUUUACAAGUAUCGUCAUUUGGGAUGUAAUUUUGUGAUCUGUCCAAAAAAAUGUUUAAUUUUUAUUUUGACUGCUUUUACUGUGGGAGCAUGUUUCCUCGUAGAUUAGCUGUAGUAUAUGUUGCUAAGAACUUAAACCCCGCCCCCUUCGCAUUUACACACACCAUCUCAUGACGCCGAAGAAGCAGAUUGUGGAGGGAAUCCAUCAUCACCAAACACUAUCAGAAAUAAAAACGCGGUAAAUCGGUCAGAAAGUGAGAUCAAGCAUUUAAACGUGACUCUCAGGAGCGUGAACAAACCGUCCCUUAGCUGGAGAUAAAAUAGAUCUAGAGGAGAAAGUAUUCGUUCACUGAUAGUUGUAGAGCAUUGUUAUCAAAUUAAGUUAUAACCCUUGUUGUACUUCACACACAUCCUCUUUUUUUCCCCCCCGAUUAGUACGCAGAUUGCAUAUCAACCGGAUAAAAAUCAAAGCAAGUGUUUCAGAGGAGAACAAAUAAGGCCCGCGCAGCAUUUCAACUUUCUUGUUCGUCUUUUUCAGUGGAAGUAAAUGAGUGCUAAAAGUUGCGAGAGGAGCGGUGAAUGGCGUUUCAUUAAACACUGUAACUAGUAGAGGACAGCCCGUAAAUGUAAAGCCAUGUGUUUUAGUAGGUUAAACAAUUCGCCCUUAACAACGACAACAACCCCCCGGAAGUGUUUCUCUUUUACCAAUCAGCCAAUCUUUUUGUACUUUUUUACUCCCCUCUCUCACACAUUGUACACGUUCUGAUGCAUUCGGAGAUGUAGAGAAGUUCAGUGAAGUGAGGCGCCGAAUAGCCCCUCUGAGUCACCCGGGACUGCAGACCCUAAACAACAACCUGCGUCACUGCUUCUUGUGUUCUUAAAGGCUAAAGGAGGCCAGAGGAGAUAUAAAACACGUUAAAGUACUGCAAUAAAGAUCGAGCAUGCUACUCCAUUGUCAUCUCUCUGCAGUGUGGCUUGUCCUCCCGUCACUUUGUAAUCUGAACUUCUUUACAUGAACAUCUUUGGCCAGACAAUGUUUCUAACUCCAACUCUGUUAUUACUAUUAUUGCUAUCAAGAUACCAAAUGUAAGCAAAGGCAACCGUGUACAAGGAUUCUUUUGUAGCAUGUAUUGUGUCCCUGACGACAUGGCUGCACUACUCCCUGUGUUGUGAUUUAAUCUAAUAAAAGGAACUCUAUGGGCUCCUGUCCUGUCAUUGA